UCUAUUUCCAGCCAGUUUCCUGUUGAACGAAGACCAGGGAGUUUAUUUGGAAGACUUUAAUCAUAGUAUCAGUACAGAUAACAAUUGUGUGGGGAAUCUGCGCUGUCGUGUUAUCUGUUCCGGAACUUCGUACAUGGAUGACGGAAAGUCCUUGGUUUCCAUGGAUGUGUGGAAUUCUGGGAACAUUUCUGCAGCUGGAGAUGCUUUUAAUACCGCAGUUACAGUUCGCCUUCCCAUUCAAUUACAUCUACUUGAUAAUUGCUACAAUAAUCAUACUCAUAAUACUGUGUGGAUUCGCCAUGAUGUGGACAGUUAUUUCGGAGAUAGCUAUCAUUGUUCAAGCAAUUCUUGGCGACAGACGAUUCACAUUUCGAAAUGA